ACCGGAAGUGGUUGUAUCUAUAGAAACCAGGUGCUACAAACUUUCUUCAGUGAGCGAUAUUUUAUUGGACAAACAUGAACAAAGACUCCUGUAAAUACGACAUGACGCGCCUCCGGAUCGAACUGGAGCAGGAAAAAGAAAUAAAAGACAUGUUGGAGGAGUCUGUGCGGGACUUGAGCUGCACCAUGAGGGAGCUGCAGGACAGGCUGCACGGCGUGGACGGGGAAGACAACGAGUGGAAGACCAGAUAUGAAACUCAGACUGAACUCAACCUGCAGCUGCAAAGACAAAUCUCAAUUAUCCACGAAAGACUGGAGGACCUGCGUGGGAAGCCCAUGGAUCGGCUGGCCUCGAUACGAUCAUACGAUGACAUGCCACUAGAGUCACUGAGGCAGCGCCUCAAGCUGCUGACUGACGAGAAGUCACAACUCCAUAGUCAGCUGAUAGACUCUCGGAUCAGGAUCGAACAGGAGGGAAAGUCUUUCCAUAAAACAAAUGAUGAGAGACGAGCCUACUUGUCUGAAAUUGCCAAGUUGUCCUCCACUGUUGACGCCCAAAGGAGACAGUACUCCAUGCCGCCACAGAGGGGGACAGAGAGCAAACUGAGAGCAAAGCAACCCAGCAGGAAGUCAGAGGCUGACGGAAAGAAAGGAAAAGCAAAAGAAAAUGAAGGAGGAGAAUGUGGGAUGUUGGAGAAGAGCCAGCAAAAAAAAGCCCACCAUGGAAGCAGGUUGCCCACCCUCAAGCAACACGUGAAACACUAAAAAAAAAAACAACACAAAAAAACAACAACACCGGGUGUUAGGCUGCCUACAUGUCCAAUGUGAGCAACACCGCCGCCUGCACACAAGCAUCCACCCACACGCCAACACAACACCCUCACCAUCUGGCUGUGUGUACCUAAUGAAGUGUCCAGAGAGUGGCAGACCUCCAAGAACGCAAAGGAUCCCGAUCCAAUCUCGGAGCGUGUCCUCCUGCUCAUUUCUCCAAUGUGCCUUGUUUUCCUCAGGAUUAAUUGAGACUUGAAGACGUUGCCAGCCAUCAGACUGUGACGCACGCCAGGUCCCCCGUUUACCCGCCCAGAUAGAAAUGUCCUUUAAGUGACCAACACGCACAUACACGUACAUAUAGGACUGAUGUCUCCAUGUGAUCAAAGUGUUUGACUAUUAAAUGAUGAUCUUUUCUUAUCUGCCUCCACCACUUAGAGGAAGGCAAGCUUGGAUGAGUUUGGUGAGGAAGAAGAGGUCCAACAUCAGUGACCUUUGUCCUCACAGGCUGUUUUUGCUGCAAAAACUUUUCAUUCCCAGUAGGUGUCCCAAUACUUUUGACCAUGUUGUGCCGUCAUGACGCAGUGAACUAAAUGAGGUGGCCUCUUUAUUUGGGCCUUCAUGUGGGUCAGUAGAGCCUUUUAGCCAAGCCACGAGAGGAGACCCAAAUCAGUCACAUGUCAAUAAUGUGAAAGAUCCAUCAUACUGUACAUCACAUGUACAUCACAUGUACAUCAUGUGAUCAGCUUUAGUCUAUCAGUUACAGCUGGAAUGAUUAUAAACAUAGAACUGUAAAACUGCAGAAAUAUAUGGAGCCACAGAACUGCAGCACUACAGAAGCUAUCAAAACUAAAAGGUCUAUGGGACCCUGGUACUGAAAGUGCAAUUUUAUGCUUCAUAAGCAUGGACCCAUAAUAUUAUAGGGCUGUAGAAUCCCAGCAGUUCCAUGUAAGCACAGUCCUCAGAGGACUGUUGAAAUAGGGCACUGGUAUGAGAAUAUGGACUGCAUAACCUCUACAGCUCGACAAUUACAGCACUAGGACUGAAGACUUAAGGACAAUUCAUCUACAAAACUACGGACCCUGGGCCUAGAAGGUGUAGAACUGGAGACAAUGAACUAUAGAACAAGAAGCUAUUAUGAGUGUAGAACUGGAGGGUUCUAUUGAACAGUGGACAAAAGAUACUUGAAGUACAGUAUAAGACUAAAAGGACUUUGGGACUGGGAACCUAAGUUCAUACAAGUGUAGAAACAACACAAAUACAGAACUGGAGACGAUUGGAGAACUACAGGACUGCCAAACAGAGCACUAGUCCUAAGGAAAGUGUAGAAAUAUGGUACUGAAAUAUGUUAUAUGUACUCAUGAAGAACAUUUAGCAUCCUAUAACUGAAGGACCAACUUGACUACAGACAUAAAAUUACUGAACUAUAGCUCUGACAUAUGUUUAUAUAUGUUUACAACUGUCAAGUUAGAGGACUGGAAAUAUGUUUGUAUAGGACUUUAGAAUUGUAGGCUCUAGGACUGUUAGGACUAUUGAAUAUAGGAUUGUUGUACUGUAGACCAGAACAGCAUCCCGGGACUAUCAGUCUGUAGAACCAGUACUAUGGAACUGCAGAAGUUCUAGCACUUUUGAACUAAGCGGCUAACAGAACUAUCAGCAAGAAGGCCACUGAAUUAUAGGACUAAAAUCACUCUGGGACUAGACAUAUGUACAUGUUUAAAGAAUUAAUCUAGUAAUAAUAGAUUAAUUUAGAACUAGAGUUGAGAGACGACUAUACUAGGAUGUUACAACCAUAAUGUCUGCAUAUCUACAGUGUGGGGUGAGAAUAUCUUUCCAUGGUAAUGUACACCUACAGUAUAUGUCUAUAGGACUGGACAACUACUGGGCAAUAUAGGAUUGUAGACUGUAGGCUAGAACGCCAUCUAGGACUAGCAGUCUGUCGGACUUUAGAAACUUUUGAGUGCAACUGAACUAAAACAUGUGUUAUUAUUAUGUAUUAUAAAUGACUUUAAAACUAGAGGACUAACUUGGCUAAAAAUGACUAUGGGACAGAAAUACACACCUGUAUAUAUAAUGUAGGAUUAUAUAUAGGACUAUAGGGCAGUCAGACUGUUGAACUAUGGACUGGAACUAUAUUUCUAUGGGACUGGAGAACUCUAGGCCUAGUAUAUGACUGGGAAACUAUUGGACUAGAGGGACCAGAGGUUAUCUAGAAUCUAGGCUAGGCGAGCCUAUAGUGUGAAGUUGCCAAGGUAAGAGCUCACUUUCAUCCUCAAAGUCCGUCAGCUAAGGAAGACCCUUGAGGUUGUUGCCAUGACAAUAGAGCAUCACCUGUUGAACGAGCUGUCAAUGUAAAGCUCGACCUACGGCACUGGUAGACUUUAGAGCCGUAUAGAUAUGCCGAUAUUGCAGACUAGAAGGAAGAUGUUAAAGUGCUCCUGCUUAUAAGGGGGCGAUUGUGCGAGGGAUGUAUUGCCCCCCCCCCCCCACCCCCAACCCCACCCCACACACCCCUACCCAAUCCUAGCAUCUUCACC